UGCAUACAUAGCAUUAGUUUUGCACCAAGUAUAAAAGUUAAUGAUAAAUAAUUAUGUAUUUAUUUUUGAAUAUAUAUACAUAGAACAGUGCAUACUUGCGUUAGUGCUACUUUUUGAGUGGAAAAUGUAGAGUGGCACAGAUUACAAAAACGUUUAAAACAUUUCGAGCUGUAUGCAAAAUUUUUGACUUCUUACAGUGUUAUUUCUUACCAUAGAUUUAUAUUUUAAUAUAUAUCAAUGUAAUAGAAACUUAUUGCAAUAGAAAUUAAAACAAAAAAUUCACUCGAAUCAGCAGAUAAGCAAUUAAAAAUCGCAAAGUAGUCAUUGUUUAAAAAUUCCUGUAGACAAUUUGGUUAAGUUGAUAGAAUAUCUAAGCAUUUUUUACUAAGAUUUAUAGCGCCAUCAAUUAUUAAUGUGUAUUUAAAUUAAAAAAUGUAUUAUAUGCGUGUAUAUUUAUAACAUUUACAUAACUAAUUUAAAAUUCAGAAUAUUUCAUAUUAUAACCCAUGCUUGAGUCUGAUUUUAGAGCUAUAAUUAUUCAGUUUCACUUCAAAAAUUAAAAUUAAUAAAAGAUAGUUUCUUUUCAAAUGCAAUAAACACUGUAUUCAUAAUGUUCAAAAUGUUUUUCAUCAAUGAUGAGUGGUAAAAUGUUUGAUAAUAAAGAUUAUCCAACCAAGUGGGCUUUGAAUCCCUCAAGUUAUCGAACCAUGGAUAAUGAUCAAGUUGAUUGGGCAGCUUUGGCUCAAGAAUGGAUAAAAAUGAAAGAAACCAAUAUUCCAUCGGUACCAACACCACCAUCAAUAACACAAAAUCCACCAAGUUCAUCAUUUGCUGGUGGCGAAGCACCUAUGGAUAUGGAAUUCAAAGAUGAUGGGAUUCCACCAGCACCUCCAGCACCGAACAUUAGCGGAGCAGAUAAUUGGAAUCGAUGGAAUCAGUGGGAAAGUAAUUGGAAUCAAGCUUCAAUAGGAAUAGCAAACUCCAAUUGGGAUUGGAACAAUGUAUCUCCAGAGGUCAAUGAAACAUUAACUAGAAUUCCAAAUAAUUUGAUGAUACCACCACCAGCUCCUGUAAUAUCUACUACUCCAGCAUUUGUUGAUCAUAAUGCAUUAAGUUCAACUGUACCCUUGGAAUCUUCUUCAUUAUCUCCUUCAUUAGGAUACAAUACAAUGACUCUUCCUCGAUCACAUUUCAACAAUCAAGUUACUGGCAGUGGUUUUUGGAAUAAUGAACAGCAUCCACAUGUUCCGGGGACCAGUACUUCGCCCUUUGUAAAGGAUGUUAGGCAAAGUAUCACUAGAAUUUCUCCAAGCUCUGCAGCACUGAGUACUUUACCUAUGAUGGACAUGACGCGACGAAGUCGAGAAGUGAAGGAGAAAACGCCGGAAAAUGAUUCAUUGAAUACUAUAGACACAAUUAAACGUAAACAACUACCAGCUUGGAUUCGAGAAGGUUUAGAAAAAAUGGAAAGAGAGAAACAAAAAGCUAUUGAACGGGAACGACAAGCCAUUCUUCACAAACAAGAGAUGGAAGCGUGUAAAAAAAUUAAAGACCAAGCUCGAGCUGUUUUGAGUCCUGAUAAGAGUAAAUUUGAUUCAGAUUCUGAAAAAGAAUUACCUGAAUAUGAAAUGCGUGAUGUUAAAGAAGACAAUCAAGAUGAUGUCAAUAAACUACAAAAAGGAAACUACGACCAAAAUAGCCCAGAAGUUUCGAGACCGAGAAAAAGUCGAUUUCAUGAUGCAUCUUCGCCUGAAAAGUCAUCUAAUGUAGUGAAACUGCAGAAUCCAGAUAUCAUUAGCAACAAUUCUAGUGCUGCAAUUGGUUCCAAUGUAUUAAUGAAUAAAGAAGAACUCUUACAGAAUUUGAUGCUGAAAGUCCGAAGAUCGUUAACAGAAAUUUUAUUAGAGGUAACAAAUGAUGAAAUAAAUUCUAUAUGUGAGGAAGUUUGGAAAAAUUUUCAUAAUAAAGGAAAAAUGCUAAUAGCUACACCUGGCAAUACAGCUCCAGUCGCGCAGAUUACCCGCCGUCUUGGAUUAGGAAUCUACAGUGAUAGCGAUAGCGAAUCUAGUGAUGAACAUUUAAUACAGAAUCAACCAGAAAAAUCAAUACCCAGUAGAAAUGAUAGUGAUGAAGAAUUAAAGGAAACGUUGCGUUUUCGGCAACAAGCUUUUAAAAAAACUGAAGCAGAAAUAGAAGCUAAUCUAGCAGAAGAAGAGGAAAACACGAAGGAUGAAGACCAAUUAUCAAAAAAUAGAAAGUCAGAAAUUCUUUCUGAUCGAAAAGAUAAAAUGAUAAGUAACGAGAAAAACGCGAAAGAUAAAAAUAAACAAAAAAUAGGACACGCAACGCAAGAGUUAAACAAAAUCUGGAAAGACAGUAGUAAUCGCAAUGACAGCUUGGCAGCUGGUAGCAGAAAAACCUCAUUAUACAACGAGGAUGAAAAGUCAUCUUCGGAUAAUAAAUCAUUAUCGAGAGGCACACCGGAUCGUUUCAACCAGGGUGAAGAGUCUUCGAGCUCGGAUAGCGCCAACCAGAGCUAUGUGGCUAAACGAAAGACCAGUCAUAGCUCGAACAAUGGUAAAAGCAACACAUGCUCAUCAGCCCGUAAAGCUCGGCUGCGAUUAAACGAACGUGCCAAAAGAUAUUCGUCGAGCAGAAGUAGAUCUAGAAGUAAAAAUGAUUCAUCAUCCCGGGAGAACUCGUGCGAAUCAUCUUCAUCUAAACUGCAGGCUAACCCUAUAAAUACUGACAAGACUGUGAAAAAAGAUGAAUCCAGAAGUGAAAACUACAAAAGUAGCCGUGAUUUUAACAAAAAGUGUAAAAGUCUGAAAAGUUCUCAGUAUGGUAAUCCUAGGUCAAGAUCGACCUCCCAAUCUGACACACAUUUCCGCUCUGAAUCCAGGUCCAGAUCGAGAUCGAGAUCGAGGUCGAAAUCGCGAUCGCGGGAUAGAUCUAAUUCUACCGUGAGAUCCAGGCAAAGGCGUUCACGCUCGCGGUCAUACUCCAGUUUUCGUAAGCAACAUCGACACCGUAGUAACUUACACUCGCGCUCCAGGCCUCAUUCUCGCUCUCAAUCGCAGUCUCGAUCUCGAUCUAGAACGCGUUCAAGAUCUAAAUCCCGAAAUCGCAAGAGAUCCAAAUCUUCGUACAGUUGUAAAAGCACCACCAUCUCCGGAUCAAAAUCCGAAGGGGCAAGAAGAAGGAGUAGCCGUUCGCGUUCGACAGAACGGGCAAGACGUUCCAGAUCCAACACUCGAAAAUCAAAAAGCUCGCAUCGUCAACGCUACCGUUACGAACGAGAUCGCAAUAAUAAAAAGUCAACGCGCCAUCACGUCGACUGAUCGACGCAUCGAUCUAUACAGAGCUUUCACUAUUUUGCACAUUCAUCUACUCUAGCCAUUACUAUUUUUAUUUCAAAUUUGUACAUACAGCUUGUGUAUUAUCUGCGAAAUUUGCCUUUCUAAAUUGUUCUGUGUUCUAUUCCGUUGACUACAUGCGCUAUCGGAAAAUUGUAUGAUUGAGUAUUAUUGAUGUACUACUUGAAAAUAUAAUCCACUAGCUCCAUUA